AUGCCCUCCAACUCCUCCGUCUCUCCCACCAAACACACCCUCCCCCUGCCUCUUCACCAUGCUCACUCUUCCGCUUCCGGCCACCCCCACUUCCCACACCUGUCCCACUCACGUCAGACUCCCAGAUCCGCCUCCCCUGUGAAGAGUUCCACGCCCUCAGCGACUAUGCGCAAGGAGCACAGUGGCACGAGUGGGAGGGGAAGUGUGGUGGAGGACAUGCAUGGGGGGCUGGAGCCGUCCCCUACCCUUCAUAGGCGGGUUAGCAUAGGAAAGACCAGGAGCAAAGACAAACGAGAAAAGAAUCAGGAAGAGGAGAGAUCGUCUGCCUAUUCCUCGUCACCGACUAAAUCGCCCAAGCGGAGGCCAGGCGUAACCAUCACCACUUCGAAAGAUGGCAUUUCACCUACACUACGUAGAAAGCCGAGCAAGGGGAAGGAGCGUGAUAUGGACCGCGAAGCGUGGAUGCGGCAGGUCGGCAGCGCCACGAUCAGCCUUCGUGCUGGUGCCGUCGAAGGGCUGGAAGAUGAUGAUGACGAUGAUCACGACGACGGAUCAUCUCAUACCAGUCGAACCAGCCGACCCAAUCGUCCCGCCUCGUCUUCAUUCUCCCAAGCUCAAAGCUUGCACCGAAUUCACAAUUCCACAUUUUCAGCUCGCCCUAGGGCUCGUCGGGCGAGGAGCAACUCACUCAGUGCCGCUUCUCGUCCAACUUCCUCCAUGGACGGAUCUUUCUACCUACCCCACUACUCGAUGGAUCAAGAGUACUCUCUACCCAAAGGAAAGGGCAAAGGCAAAGACGAUAAAACGCCCAAGCUGGAACUGGGGUUGGGAGAUGCUUUCGACAAUUCGUUUGGGGAAGCUCUUCGUCUGGGGACCGAAGGCAAGGAAAUGCCUCUACCUAAGGAAGCCUUAAUGAUGCUCUCUCAAGCCAAGGAGCAACUCGAGAAUACUACUGGGGUAAAGCAAGGGCGAAAAGGGAGUAUCGGCAUGGGGUUGUUCAAGGAGAGUCACGCAGCUGCUGGGUUGAAAGCAGAAAUCAAGAAAAUUGAAAAGGAAAAGGAAAAGGAGAGGGAGCAAGUGAUUGAAGAGACAGAAGAGGAAGACGUCAGAAGACCUCGAGCGAGAGCAGAGACGACGAGCUCGCGCAAUACCGACAAGACCCUCGGCGCCGAUCAGAGCCCGAGCUCUCCUUUUCCUAUUUGUGGCCCGUCGCAAACUCAUUACCCUCCUCGUUCGCCUUCACCGUCUUCUUCCGCUGGCCAUGUAUCUCCGACGGAACAAGGCGACGAGAACUAUCAAUAUGUGGACGAUGAUGAGCAGUUUGACGAAGACGAUGAGAGCUGGACAACGACGAGCACAGAGUCUUUCGAAUCUGAUCCGGAUGCGAGGGAUUGGAUGAGUGACGGUGAUUAUGAGGAUGGAGAGAGGGAGCAGGAGGACAGGAUGACUGUUCCACUGCUGCCUUUCGGCCAUGCAGUGGGAGGGCAUAGCAGUAUCUACAAGUUUACGAGGAGAGCUGUCUGCAAGCCACUGGUAUCUCAUGAGAAUAUCUUCUAUGAGGAGGUGGAACAACUUGCCCCUGCCUUGCUCCCCUUCAUUCCCCGUUACUUGGGUGUCAUGAUGGUCAACUAUCGCCGAUUCUACCUCUCUUACUCGGGCUACACAACUCCCGUCGACUCCCCUCGCAAUGUCGGAUCACCUGAACCCUUCUCUUCACCCGCGAUUGCCCCCCGGCCGAUGUUGCACCAGGCUUUGACUGGUUUCUCGACCGCAUCCCACGCGUCGGGCCAUACUCGUGAAAGUGUCGAAAUUCCAGAAGUCUCGUUAGACUUUAACAGGCAUGUCGUCCCAGAGUGGCUAUUCCGGGGCGAAGACAGAUCUCGAGGUCGGUCGGGAUCCGCAAGGCCCUGGGAGACUUCCGAUGAGGAUUCUUCGCGAAAGAUGCCGCGCCCUUCGUCGACCAAGUCGCAAGAGUACGCGCGAUACGGCUCUGGCUCUCCAGGAAGUUCAUGGCAUUCUUCAACUUUCGGAGGCGGGGGGUCACCCAGCCUUCGAGCACCUGCUCUAAGCUCUCCGGCUGUUCCGAAAGUCAUCAAAGAGAAUGUCGUCGAAGAACCUCAGACUCCUGCCCCAUCCCCUUCGACGUCGCUUCAGCAAAGGGGCGCACACCUGCACCAUGCUUCUUCCACCCCCGCUUUCCACCGCUCCCAGACCAGCGACCCCACUCUCAGUACCACUGGUCUUAAUUCGCCACACCCGUUCGGUGGCACCGGCUCCACCACAGUCAACACAAAGCUCAAAGACCACGUCUUUGCGACCAUCUUGAAAAAGCUGAGGCGCAAAGGUCUGGGUCAUAGGCAUGGCGACGACGAGGCCGAUGAUGAAGGGGAUGAAGGAUAUGGAGGAUCGCUGAGGGGUUCAAGGAGGUCGAGGAGACAUUUGUCGACGUCAACGAGCGGGGGCGGAAGUAUGGAUCUCCGUCAGCAGCUCCAAGGGGAUGAUGGCAUUCGUCGGACCAAAAGCGAUGUCAUUCUGACCGACCAUCGCAACCCCUUGGCAAUGUCUACCGGGAGUGCGCGGGAGCAACAACGGCGUCAUGCAAGGGACGACUCGGAGGAGAGAGGGAUGUUUGAUAUGGAGGACCUGGAUGACGAGCUGCCGACUUUGGAGAUCAAGAAGAAAGAUAGAAAGGUACCACUGGGGAAUGCCUUGCAUCCUAUGACGACUGUCAAGGAUGAUGGGAGUAGCACAAAGCUGGCGGAGCCAGAGGCUGCGUCUGCCCCACCCUCUUUGCCACGAUCCGCUGUGCCUUUCCCUUCUAUCACCCAGCCCAAUUCACCAACAGAGUCUCAGCGGGGCGAGCUCAAGAAAGAGCUCUUCAUCUUCAUGGAAGACCUCACAGGUAGACUCAAACAUCCUUGCGUCCUUGAUCUCAAGAUGGGCACCAGGCAGUAUGGGUAUGAUGCGACGCCCUUGAAGAAAAGAAGUCAGAGGAAGAAGUGCGAUACGACGACGAGCAGGACUUUGGGUGUCAGGAUGUGCGGAAUGCAGGCAAGCAUUUUGUCUGUUUGGUCCAACGAAGACCAAUCUUUCGCAUCCCAGAACAAGUACCGCGGCCGUGAGGUCAAGACUUCGGAAUUCACGUCCGUCAUCCGCGCCUUCUUCUCUGAUGGCGACACACUUCUCCCUGACCACAUACCCGUGCUCCUGCAAAAGUUGUACGACCUCGCGGCCAUUAUCUAUCAGCUCGACGGCUUCCGGUUCUAUGGCUGCAGCUUGCUGUUCAUCUAUGAUGGCGACAAGGAAGUACAAGAAGGAUACAGUCGCAAGAUGGGAGCGGAUAGGCUGGGAUCUUUGCCGGAGGAAGAUGAGGAGCAAGGGCAACGCGGCAAGGCUUCAGCCCAAGACAUUCAGCGCCCGGCACGAGAUGGCAUUUGGCAAUCCCACGAGCAGCUCAAGGGGCAAGGCGAUGGUCGAAGUCGAACUGCUUCUCGCCGUGCCAGCUCUCGGUCUCGAUCGCGAGGACAAGACCAGCCGCACCCCUUGUCCUCUUCCCACAGCAGUGCUCGCCACCAACGCAGAAUGCGAGGUGAGGUGAAUGUGCGAGUGGUCGAUUUCGCCCAUACGACUACCGGUCGCGACUUUGUCCCCUUCCCCGCCGACCACGUCGAUCCACCCAACGUAGGCAAAGGGUACGACACCCAAAUCGACAAAGCUACCGGUCUUACCAUGGCGAGGUUCCCACCGAAGCAUCCGGGCAAGCCUGAUAUGGGGUUCUUGUUUGGCUUGAAGAGCAUUUGUGAUAGCCUGGGAGAGAUCUGGAGUGAGGUCAAAGGCGAAGACGGAGAGGAAUUGCAUGUGAAGGAGAAUGCGGAUGUGUUUGAGAUGGCUUUCCCCACUGGGGCAGAUUUGAGCAUAUAG